AUGAUGGGAGAUGACCAAGGGAUGUUAAACCUGAUAAAUCAGGGGAUGGAAGCAGUGGCGACUUUAAGAAAGUAUAAGGGCGAUUCAGAAGAUAAAAUUCGACAUUUGGAGAGUCUGAGUAAUCCCAGGUGCCUUCCAUUCGAGGAGGUAGAAGAUGCUGAGCACCAAUCAUUUUGCGAAUAUACAUGA